AUGCUCAGAAGGGUGCGGAUACCUUUGGACCACGGCAAUCCUGACCAUAAAACUAAACCUUUUACUUCUAAAGGUUACCUAUUAACCUUCGCGGUGCACUACAAAAUUAAAAAAACAGUUAAGCUGCAAUUAGUGAACGGUUCAAGUCGCUGUGCUGGGAGAGUGGAGGUGCUUUAUCGCCAGCAAUGGGGAACUGUUUGUGAUGACAACUGGGAUAUAAUUGAUGCUGAAGUUGUAUGCUGGCAGCUGAGCUGCGGGACCGAUCUAUCUGCUCCUUCUUCAGCUUACUUUGGGGGAGGGCCUGACCCCAUUUGGCUUGAUGAUGUGACCUGCAAAGGAACUGAAGCUGCCCUCUCCGAAUGCAGUGCAAAACCUUGGAGAAGCCAUAACUGUGUGCACGGAGAAGAUGCUGGUGUUGUGUGCUCAGGCUUUGCAGAACCUGCCCUGCUUCGAUUAGCGGAUGGAUUGACCCACUGCUCUGGGAGAGUCGAGGUGUUUUAUGGCCAGCACUGGGGAAGUGUGUGUGAUGACGGCUGGGACUUGGUCGCGGCAGAAGUGGUGUGCAGGCAGCUGGGCUGUGGGAAGGCCUUGUUUGCUACCCAUGGGGCUUACUUUGGGCAAGGAUCUGGCCCCAUUUGGUUUGUCGAUGUCAAUGCACAGGGACAGAAGCUGCUCUCGGCCAGUGCAGAGCCACUCCUUGGGGAAGCCAUAACUGCGGGCAUGGAGAAGAUGCUGGCGUGGUUUGUACAGGUACCCAUCACUCAUGGCAAGCUGUUUCUGGGUGAUGCUUUCAGACAGAUCCUGACGGACCUGUCCUUCAGCACAAAUAGGUCUUCCAAAGACAGAUUUGCUGAGCUGCUUCCAGUCCAGCUGGAGAAUGGUUCGAGCAACUGCUCUGGGAGACUCGAGGUGUUUCAUGAGCAGAAGUGGGGAACUGUCUGCGACAACAGCUGGGAUUUGACCGAUGCUCAAGUGGUGUGCAGGCAGCUGGGCUGUGGGACAGCGGUCUCAGCCCCUGGCUCUGCUCGGUUUGGACAAAGAACUGGCCAAAUUUGGCUGGAUGACGUGAACUGUGCAGGAGCUGAAACUGUCCUCACCGAGUGUCGGGCCAAGCCUUGGGGGGACCACAACUGUAACCAUGGAGAAGAUGCUGGUGUGGAGUGCUCAGGUGUUGCGGAACCAGCUCCCGUCCGGCUUGUGAACGGCCCGAAUCAUUGCGCUGGCAGAAUCGAGGUGUUUCAUGAGAUGCGGUGGGGAACUGUGUGUGGUGACGGCUGGGAUAGAGCUGAAGCCAGCGUGGUGUGCAGGCAGGUCUGCUGUGGGGCAGCGCUGUCAGCCCCAGGUUCGGUUCAUUUUGGGCAAGGGCCUGACCCCAUCUGGCUGGACGAUGUGAAUUGCUCAGGGCAUGAAGCUGCCCUCUCUGAGUGCAGGGCUCAGUCUGCAAUCCCAUAA